AAGUCGUAAUCAUGGCGAAAAUCAAGAAGAAGGGAACCUCUGGCCAGGCCAAAAACUAUAUCACCAGAACACAGGCGGUGCGCAAACUCCAGAUUUCGCUGCCAGAUUUCCGUCGACUGUGCAUUUUCAAAGGAAUCUAUCCUCGUGAGCCUCGAAACAAGAAGAAGGCCUCAAAAUCAGCGACUCAGAGUACUACCUUCUACUACACAAAGGACAUCCAAUACCUCCUGCACGAGCCACUGCUUCGAAAAUUUCGUGAACAAAAAGCGCUAGCGAAGAAAAUUGCUCGAUCCUUGGGACGUGGAGAAGUUAGCGAUGCGGCGCGCUUGGAAAAGAACCAUGCGCCGAAAUUGACUCUGGAUCAUGUUAUUAAGGAGCGUUACCCGACAUUUAUUGAUGCCCUGAGAGAUCUCGACGAUGCGCUGUCUCUUCUUUUCCUCUUUGCGAACCUGCCUUCUACCAGCCAUGUCCCGCCCAAAACCAUCGCUUUGUGCCAACGAGUCACGCACGAAUUUCAACAUUACCUGAUCACAACCAACUCUCUGCGCAAGUCAUUCCUCUCAAUCAAGGGUAUUUAUUAUCAGGCGACAAUUCAAGGCCAGGACAUUAUGUGGCUCGUUCCUUACCGGUUCGUGCAACGAGUCAACGGCGAUGUGGAUUAUCGAAUCAUGGCUACAUUUGUUGAGUUCUACACGACCCUUUUGGGUUUCGUCAACUAUCGCUUGUACUCCUCCAUCGGCCUGAGAUAUCCACCAAAGUUCGAUACUCGGCUUGACGAGAACGGAGCAGAAUUGGCGGCUUUCACUCUUGAAGGACGCACAGUUGGCGAUGCUCCCAAGGCGAUCGAACCCGCGAAGUCCUCAAGCGAUGCUGCCAACCAGGAGGUCUCCGCCGAAGUUCAAAAAAAGGUCGACAACGUGAUCAAGAAGGCCGGUUUGGACCAGGCUAGCAGCGAACAGCCCACCGAGACAGCCGAGGAAGUCACGGACGCGAUCGACAAGUUUGAGACUACGGCUCCUGAGGCCGACACUCUUCCUCAACCCGACAUGAGUGGCGAUCAGGCUGGCUCACUCUUCGCGCCGUUCACGUUCUACAUUUCCCGAGAAGCCCCCAAAACCCCUCUUGAAUUCAUUCUUCGCGCCUUUGGCUGUAAGCGGAUCGGGUGGGACACUGUUCUCGGGGGCGGUGCUUUCACACAUAAUGAGGCUGAUCCUCGCAUCACCCAUCAGAUUGUGGAUCGUCCCUCCCUGCCCGAGUCUUCUCUUCCCUCUAUCCCUGCUGCUGCCACGGAUGGCGGAGCUGUACAGAAGGUGAAGCCCGGCACUCGUGUUCCCGGCCGAACAUACGUCCAGCCCCAGUGGGUUUGGGAUUGUAUCAAUGAGGGAAAGCUCCUUCGACCUGAUCUAUAUGCGCCGGGCGCCACUCUCCCGCCUCAUCUGAGCCCAUGGGUCAACCCCAAGAAGGGUGGAUACGAUCCUCGUGCUAGCUUGGCCGAACAGGAAGAAGAUGGGGAAGCUGAUAUUGAUGCGGAGGAAGAGAGCGAUGAAGAAAUGGAAGAAGCUGGUGAAGAAAAACCCGCCCCUACGGCGGCCAACGAGUCUGAAGACUCUGAGGAUGAGUCCGUUGAUGGCGGCAUGGAUGUCGCUGAAACUGAUGACGACGACAGCGAGAGCGAGGAAGAAGAGGAGGAAGAAGAUGAGUUUGCCGGUAUUGAUGACGAAGAUGCUGGCUCCGAAUCAGAGGACGAAGAAGAGACCGCUCGCACCCAGCACCAGAAAGAACUCGAAGCCGAGGCCGCAGGUCUCCCCUUCUCGUCUAGUGGUGCUGGCGACGAUGCAGCAGCCAAGAAGAAGUCCCAGGCGAAGAAGCGGGCUGCCAAGAAGCGUCAAGAGGAGGAGGAGCUGGAGAGACAGAAGAUGAUGAUGAGCCGGAAGAAGCGAAAGCUAUUGGAGAAGAUGAUGUAUUCGAACAAGAAGACGGCGGAGGAGUCUGCCAAGUUGCGCUCUAAGCGGAGGAAGAUCGAGAAAGGUGCCGCGGGGAAGUAAGCGAGGAAAGAUUAAUCAAAAGUUAGGAGAUACAAUGAUAUCCAUCGAUUGAUAUGGGGAUUGUUGGGUAGGUAGUUAAGGCGUAUUUUUUUUUUUCCGCCGCUUUCAUCUAUAGACUCAUAGUA